AAGGAUACAAUACUAUUGGUACUCAAGUUAACAUGAGAUUAGCAGAAAUAGUGUGUUAUUUGACCUUUAAUUCUUUUGAAUGUGUCAGCUUAAGAAACACUGAACAAGGAAAUGUUUCUCAGAAAUCUGGUCAUCUUUGUGACCUUUGGUGGCAUAAUGGUUUCAUGAAUUAACACUCAGCUGGUAAUACAGAGAAGUUAUAAACCAAAGGAAGAGCUCAAAUGUUUCAAACAGCUGCAAGUUCAUCUAAAAAGAACCUCUGACAGAAUAUCAGAAUGGCUGCUGUAAGUCAUAAAUGUCUGCUGGGAUUCAUCAUUCUCUGCUCACUUCUCACAGGUUCAUUAGCUCAGUGGGUGAAGGUGGAGCCAGAAGUUGUGUCAUAUCCUGGUCAGACUGUGACAUUGCGUUGCCAGCUUACAAACCCGAGAAAUUUUCGGUUCACUCAGGUGUCAUGGAUCCUUGAACCGACCAAUGGAGAGCGGACAAACAUCGCUGUUUUCCAUCCACAGUUUGGGAUAAAUUAUCCAACCAAAUCCCCCGUAGCAGGGCGUGUUGGUUUUGUACUGAACCCACCCACUCUGGACAACCCAUCCAUUCAAAUCAAGGAUCUGAAGAUGACCGACGAGGGGCGAUACAUCUGUGAAUAUGCCACCUACCCUUCCGGCAAUGAACAGGGAGUGUCAUCACUGAUCAUGCUGGUCAAACCGAGGAACAUGGCUACUACAUUCACAGUUACUGCAGGCAACACUCCGGUUGUUGUGGCAAGCUGUGAAUCAUCCAAUGGCCGUCCUGCAGCAACCAUUUCUUGGUCCACCACGCUGAAUGGAAAUGCAACGACGCUGCAGAUGACAAACAAUCCCGACAACACGGUCACCGUCCAGAGCCAGUACAUGCUUGCCCCGCAACCCGUGGAUAACGGCAAAGACAUCACCUGCAUGGUGUCACACCGCACCAUGCCCCAACCAGAGACCUUCCCCAUGAAACUCAUUGUUAAGCGUAAAGGACCACCGCCACCUGAAUGUUUAAACUCUACUAAAAUUGUCCAAGACCUCCUCGGGGUGGACACAUCUGUCCUGGAUGGCAUCCCUGAAGGUUUAGAGAGCAAAGCUGAACCAGAGGAACAGCAUAACACUGAACUUUCCCAGCAAUCUCAGGAAAAGCAGUUUCAACAUCGAAAGAACGCCAGCAGUACACCGAACAAGGCAGCAGCCAAAAAAACACAAAUAUCCUCUUCUGCCGUUACAAGAGAAGAAGUGCUGGAACUGCAGAUGGAAGUCUUACAGUUACAAAAGACCAAACUGCAGUUAGAGAUUGAAAAACUCAAAAAGGAGAAGGAAAAUCAAGAUCUUUACCACAUUAUUCUUAACAACAAACUUCUACCGCUACAAAGCGAAGGGAAAAUAACAAGCACAUCAAUUGAUGAAUAAAUACAUUUUUUGAAAGUUCUUAAAGUGUUGUGUUUUUAUGUAAUUAUGAGAACAAAUAAAAGUUUAUAUGCAAAAGCCACUAAACGCCACCUUUGCCAACGAGAUGUUUGUAAUGAUUGUAACCGAAUGCUCUUAACAGGUACUAUACGUUUCUUCAUGUACUUUAGUGUCAAAUCCACUUAAUUCACUUAAUGCAUUUUAGGCAUAUUGCUUUAUGCCCCUUCACUUCAUCCUGCUGUUUGAAGGCAGAAUACUUGUUGACAUGUUAAAACAUCCAUGUAGGCCACAAUAAUUUUGCAAGCCCUUGCGCAGAUCGCUGUGAAGACAGUGAAAUCU